GCCAGCUGAAAUGGUUUCAUAGAUUCAUCAAUUUCCAAAGGCCAAAGAUCAAGUAAUAAAGAGAAAAUAAAAAGAAGAGAAUUUUUAAGAUGGGUGUUGAUUUAGAAUCUUUAUCAGAGGCAACUUCAGGUGCUAUAGGUUCACUGUUAAGCACGACGAUUUUGUACCCUCUUGAUACCUGCAAAACCAAGUAUCAAGCCGAGGCUCAAGCCGAUAGUCAACGAAAAUACAGGAACCUUUCAGAUGUAUUUUGGGAAGCGAUAUCCACCCGCCAAGUUCUUUCCUUAUACCAGGGCCUAGGCACAAAAAACCUUCAGUCAUUCAUUGCACAAUUUGUCUACUUCUAUGGAUAUAGCUAUUUCAAAAGACUGUAUCUAGAAAAGAGUGGUUCCAAGUUUAUUGGAACAAAAGCAAACUUGGUUCUUGCUGCUGCAGCAGGGGCUUGUACUGCUAUUGUCACGCAGCCCCUGGAUACAGCCUCCUCAAGGAUGCAGACUAGUGCGUUCGGAAAAUCCAAAGGACUCUGGAAGACCCUCACAGAGGGCACCUUCAGUGAUGCAUUUGAUGGCCUUGGCAUCUCUCUUUUGCUGACCUCCAACCCUGCAAUUCAGUAUACAGUUUUUGAUCAGCUGAAACAACGACUACUUAAGAAAAGAUUGAAGGAAGCAGACAAAGGUUCAUCCCCAGUAGUUCUAUCUGCCUUCACAGCUUUCCUGUUAGGUGCAAUAUCAAAGAGUGUUGCAACGUUUUUGACUUAUCCAGCAAUCAGGUGUAAGGUAAUGAUUCAAGCUGCAGAUCCAGAUGAUGAUGAUGAUAAAACUAAGAGAGCUCGACCAAAAUCCCGUAAAACUGUGUCAGCAGUUGCUUUUGCUAUUUGGAGAAGGGAAGGGAUUCCUGGCUUUUUCAAGGGAUUAGAGGCCCAGAUCACGAAGACCGUACUAAGCUCUGCUUUGCUUCUGAUGAUCAAAGAGAAAAUUACAGCCACCACUUGGGUUCUCAUACUUGCUAUCCAAAGGUAUCUAUUGCUAACAAGGGGUAGAUUAAAAAAUGUGUGACAAGUAUAAUAUCAACUAUUAUUUGGAGAUAAGUGAAUAAUCUGGCUUCAUUUGAAUACAAACCAUUUGUAAUUUAUAGAGUAAGGUACAAAUUCUUUGAAGCAUAGCUGCCGCAACAUUGAUGCUCAUUUAGGUAAACCAAUCAGAGCUAUCUCUGGUUGCUUCAUCCUCAAAAUAAGUUUGUAUCGAUGCAGGAACAUAAUGCAAAACACUCACAUCGAUAUUACUGGUAUGAUAUACCCGCAUGUUCUGUUUGAAUGAAAAUUUCAUUAUUGUUUGUCAAUGUUUUUGUGCUACAAGAAGGAAGAGUUAUUGCUUGAACCCAGGAAAUGGCUGUUUCUAGCCUUCCAUCAAGUUUUUGCUGCUUUUAUCUAAAUGAUUCAGGAGCUGUUCCUUGC